UGUACUUUCUAUUUUCUAGGAGUCUCAGUUGCUUGUGCAAUUUAAAUGGCAAGAAUCUUGUUCUCAGUAGACUUUUGAAAUGGAAUACGAAGAGGUCACGCCGAAAAGCUAUCCAGUCAAUCUAAUUAAAAAGGACUGGACUCAGCGGAAAUUAUACUAUACAAGUCCUGCAAAGUCCAUGCCAGAUGCAGUUAACAACAUGGAGGUUUUAGAUGAUGAUAUUUGGAUUGUCACAAAUCCUAAAAGUGGCACCACUUGGAUGCAGGAACUUGUUUGGCUUCUGAUGAAUGAUUGUAAUUUCGAAACAGCACUAUCUAAAGAUCUGGAAUUACGAUCGCCAUAUUUAGAAUUCGAUUUUAUGAUACACCGUAAUGUUGAAAGAGCUUUAAAACCAGUGCAGGAGCUGCCAUCUCCUCGUAUUAUAAAAUCUCACCUUUCACUGGCUUUGUUACCCGCUCAACUUUGGCAAAAGAAACCCAAAGUAAUUUACGUGUUUCGAGAUCCUAAAGAUGCAUGGAUUUCUAACUAUUAUCACUUUGUUAAUUUUGGCUUUCAAUACGGGAAAACUUUGGAGCAAUACAUGGACGAAUUACUAGAGAAGGAAGCUCCUAAACGAGAUCCCAUCCUUCAUGCUUUUGAAUUUUAUCAGCUACGCAAUGAACCUUGGGUUUACUACACAAGUUACAAUCUAAUGAAGCAAGAUUUAAGGAAAGUUAUCGAAGAUUUAUGCAAAUUUCUUAAUAAAUCUGUAACAGAGCAACAAAUGGAACGUUUGCUUAAACAUUUGUCGUUCGAAGAAAUGAAGAAAAAUCCAACAACAAAUCAUCGCUGGGAGUAUGCUCAAGUACAACAUCCUAACAGAGGCAAGGAAGUCCACAACUUUAUUCGUAGCGGAAAAAUUGGUGGACAUAAAGAAGAACUGAAACCUGAACAGAUUGAGAAAGCUGAUCGUUUCAUAGAGGGAAGACUACAAGAAAGUCAAGUGACAUUAGAACAACUUUUGGUAUUAAAAUAA